UACGUCGAGGUUUACGUUACAAGAAGUCAGUACAUUUAUGAACGCAAGCUUUCCAUUGAUCGCAGAAAAAUUGACGCUUUGCACUGCCACUGGUUGAAAAGAAUAAUGGUAGAAAGUGAAAAAUGCUUGGUCGUAGGCUUGCUGCUCGCCUUCGCUAUUGUUGCCCAUGUCAGAGGAGAAGAAGAACUAUGGUGUGACUUCAUCAUUGUUGGAGCUGGGACAUCCAGUCUCGGCCUAGCAGCGAGACUUGCUGAGGUUUCCUCGUGGAAAGUAUGUGUGUUUGAAAGAGGACCAAUGGAAGAAAGAAUGAAAGGUUGGUACACAAAUAGCUACAAAUUUACCAGUCCGCAUGACCCAUUAUGGCUUACUCAACCAACGCUUCAAACAUUGGUGAAGAAGGGAAAUUACUGGAGCAAUCCAAACAAAGAUGGCCGCUUGAUUUACAUUCCUCGGUUCCGUGGCCGUGGUGGAACUUCACGUGUCUAUGGGGCAAUCGUCAGACGAGCUAGUCCUGCAGUUCUAGAUCUCUGGCCGAAUGGUUGGAAACAUGAAGAUAUGACGCAAUACUACAAGAAAUUAGAAGAUCAUUAUUGUUACUAUGACCUGGCAAACGUCACAGGAAUACCAAAAAAUGUUUGUGAGAAAUGGCAUGGACACGGUGGACCGAUGCAAGUAAAUUCACAAGUACAAGAAGCUUUUCAGAAGUUUCCAAGAACAAUGAAGUAUUUAUGUGAAGACAAGGAGAAGCCAUGGAAUGGUUAUAAAAGUGAUUACAAUGGGCCAGAGAGUGACAGAAUUAGCUGCAGCGUUUUCCAGCAGUAUAAACUCCGAACCGAUAAAGAUUAUUAUCCAAGCGACGAAGCUAGAAGAAAUCGUGCAUCCAAAACAGCUCGUGGUAGUAGCUACACUGGUUAUUACGAACAUAAUGACGCGAAACCCUACCUCAGUGUUUCUGCACCGGUGUCACAGAUAAUUUUUGACGGUGAAAGAAAGGCAGUUGGUGUAUCAUAUUGGGAUAAAACAACCGGGGAAAUAAAGGUAGCAAAUGCGCGUAAAGAAGUAAUCUUAGGUGGCGGUACCUUCGAUACCCCUCAUUUACUUCAAGUCAGCGGAGUUGGUCCACGAAACCUUCUUAAAAAAAUUGGCGUAGAAUUAGUGGCCGAAAAUGAGGAAGUCGGAAAGAAUUUAUGGGAUCAUAUUUCUGUGCCAUAUGUUCUAGAACUAAGUAAAGAAUCUUUGGAGUUAUGUUGUACAAAUGAAACGGACCCUAUACCUAGAGUCGAUAUUGAUGGCGCUUCGUAUGAAACAAAGAAAUUGGAAUCCAUCAAUGGCCCUUUCUCCUGGAUCUUGCAUUAUCGUUCUAAUAUCACACGAGUCCCUAAAAAAAUGUCCGAUAUUCAACUGUAUGUAAUGGGCAACUCAAAACUCUUUGACGAGACAGAUGCGCUGUGUACAUCCGACCCCCCGGAAUAUAAUGAUCAAGAUGAAGAAGAUGAAUCACACGACAAGGACACUAUUCAGGGAACCAUUCGCAUUAUCGACCAAUGGCCUGAAUAUCGCGGCUCCGUCAAAUCAGUUACACCACAUAUUUUUGACAAACCUGAAAUUGAAUAUGGUUGGUCAUACACCAAAGACGGUGUUCCCUCAGAUGAAUUUAAAAAAGUUUCCCAACUAUUCCGUGAACAAGUUAAACUGCUUCGUGAGAUGUUUUUUGGUGAUAACGUUAGGGAAGAUCUAAAGCGUUUAGUAGUAAGCGAAGUAGCUCCAGGACAUGAUAUUGAUACCGAUGACAAAUUUGAUGCUUGGUUGAGAGGAAUGUUAGUUUCUGCUUUGCAUCCAGUAGGUACGUGUAAAAUGCCCGAGUGUUCUGACGAAUUCUUGAGGGUGAAAGGCGUUUCUUCUCUUAGAGUCUGCGAUGCCUCCGCAUUUGCUACGCAAAUCGACGGAAACCCAGCAGCAACGCUUUACGCAAUGGGGGAAAAACUUGCUGACAUGUUAAAGUUUGAGUAUUUAAAAUACAUUAAGCUUGCAGUUCGCGUAGAGAUACCAAGUCCCAUGGUGAAGGAUGCGGAUCUGCCAUUCCUGAACAGAGUCAAAAAGGAUAUUACGUCGAGACUGCAGGCUGAAUGUUUUCAGUGUUUUGAAGUGUCUUUGACUCCAGACUUGAUAUCAACAGGAAAGGAUACAUCAGCUAUGAUUUUUAAAUGGUCGAUUGUCUGUACUCAGGAAGUGAAUGAACGUAAGAUUGUUGACUUUCUUGUAAAAGAAACGCUAAGUGGUAGGAGAAAAGCAAGUUAUUGCAAUGCUGAUAGUUAUCCUGAGUUUAAUCGAAAAGAAACGAGCACUGUGGAACGCGAAUCUGGACCAAGACACAAAGUGGAUCCGUAUGUGUUUGUUGUUUGGUGUCAAGGAUAUUCUGGUGUGAAUCCUGAUAGCUUGUGGAAAAAGGCUGGUGCUUGGCAUGGCGAAGGAGGAAAGGUACCAGGAUCCAAAAAUUGUUUUAAGUUGAAUUGCGAAAAGGAAACUUGUUCUGUUUUGGAGCAUGCGAACGAUGCCAAUCGUGAGCUGAUUUAUAAAGAACCAGACUUGAACUUGCCAGCGAGUGGAUACGUAUCAACUAAGAAAGUUGUUGCUCGAGAUGAUGGUGGUUCAUCAGCCUUCUUCCGAACCUCAGCAAUGAUCGCAUCUCCAGAGGCAGAUUGGUAUAAAGAUGUGGCCGGAUAUUUAUUGGAAACGGUUUAUGCCAGCUCUGGGCGUCGGUAUGCUAGACAAUAUCCACCUCUUGAUAGUCAAUCAGGUUGGUGGACGGAGUUGCCUGGAGGUCUGCUUAUCUAUGAAACUAGUUCCAGAAUAUAUAGUAGAGAAUCGGUCGCUGCGUUUGAUCUUGAUGGGACAAUUAUUAAAACCAAAAGUGGCAAAGAUUUUCCAAUUGACAAGAACGACUGGAUUUUUACGUCUCAAGAAGUGAAACUAAAGUUAGAAGAAAACCAAAAGGGUGGUAUUAAUAACGUUAUUAUGAGUAACCAAGGAGGCAUUGGUCUGGGAUUACAAGACAAGCUGGAAUGGAUGGAAAAAAUUGAAGAUAUAACAUCUCAGUUAAAUAUACCAAUCUUCGUACUUGCUGCAACAAAGGAAAACAAUUAUCGCAAGCCAGACGUUGGUAUGUGGGAAUAUUACUAUUGUACAUUGAAUCAAUUUAAAAUGAUUAAUAUGAAAACUGCCAUUUAUGUUGGAGAUGCUGCAGGAAGACCAAACGACCAUGGUGACUCUGAUCGAAAGUUUGCAGAAAAUGUUGGGAUUGCCUUUCAAACACCUGAAGAAUAUUUUGAAAAGACCCAUUCUGAACUUUGAUUUCUUAUCGGCGGUUUCCUCUUAAAAUAUUUACUGUUUAUUAAUUAAUCGUUCAUAGAACUCGUAGAGGGUUGCUUUUCGAAAUUUGUUGGCAUUGCCAUUGUUGCAUAUAGGCUUCAACGUUGUUUAGUUCUGUAUGCGUGCAUGCAUUAUGUAUCCAUGAAACAUAUCUUUAGUUUAU